AUGGCGAAGGAGAAGAUCCGGGUGUACGCGCGGGUGAAGCCGCUGGGCAGGCGGCAGCAGGCGGGGAUUUAUUCAGUUGAUGACCAUGAGAAAUCUCUGUCCAGUCUGGAAAUUAUUGUGCCACGUGAUUUAGCGGAUGGGUUCGUCAAUAAUAAACGAGAAAGCUACAAGUUCAAAUUUCAGAAAAUUUUUGAUCAAGAGGCAAAACAAGAUGUGGUUUUUGACAGCAUUGCCAAACCAGUAGCAGAAUGUGUUUUGGCAGGAUAUAAUGGUACUGUCUUUGCAUAUGGUCAGACAGGUAGCGGCAAAACUUUUACCAUCACUGGAGGAGCAGAACGUUACAGUGAUCGAGGCAUCAUUCCCAGGACUCUCUCUUAUAUUUUUGAUCAAUUGCAGAAGGAUCGCAGUAAAGUGUAUACAACUCAUGUUUCCUACUUAGAAAUCUACAAUGAGUGUGGUUACGAUCUGCUGGACCCAAGACACAAGUCCUCCAGAUUGGAAGAUUUGCCAAAAGUGACAAUAAUGGAAGACCCUGAUCAGCACAUUCAUCUGAAAAACCUGUCUCUUCAGCAAGCAAGCAAUGAAGAAGAAGCCUUAAACUUACUCUUUUUGGGUGACACCAACAGAAUGAUUGCUGAGACACCAAUGAAUCAAGCCUCAAGCCGAUCUCACUGCAUUUUCACUAUUCACAUCUCCAGCAAGGAACCUGGAUCUGCAACUGUUCGAUGCUCCAAGUUACACUUGGUAGACCUUGCUGGAUCAGAGUGUGUUGCAAAGACUGGAGUUGGAGGUCACUUACUGACAGAAGCAAAAUAUAUCAACCUGUCAUUACAUUAUUUGGAACAGGUAAUAAUUGCCCUUGCAGAGAAAAACAGGUCCCACAUUCCUUACCGAAACUCUAUGAUGACUUCAGUGCUAAGAGACAGCCUGGGAGGAAACUGCAUGACUACCAUGAUAGCAACGCUCUCUAUAGACAAAAGAAACAUAGAU